AUGGUAUGGACAAUUGACGCGAUAUUCGAUAUCCGCGCGAUUGAGCGCGUUUGUUUGAGUUUGGUUUUCUCCUCCCGCCAGGAACACCGCCAGCCCCAACAUCAACAUCCCCACCACGAAUUGAAGCUCAUGAUGAAGUGGCUUCUCUCUAAGCACCGACUCGUUCUCAAAAGGUCUCGCCAUGGCUGUGAUCCAGGACCAGUGGCACCACCAGGAGCUGGUCUUCUCAAGUUCGACGAAUCCUCAGGCCAAAUGUACACCGAAACGACAAUCUCAACACGAAGCAGUGAAGCGCGUAAUUGGACAAGGCCACAUCGUAUGUCCCUCAAGUCGAUCAAGCACCAACCUCGUCCUCGAAAAGGUACUCGUUCUCUGGUAGAUGCUGCUAUCGAGACGAUAUUGGAAAAUCUGGUGGAUGUCACCUUCGAGGGCGUUGACUGCUUACCCAAGAAACUGGUCCUCCGAAUUUGGAUUCUGGCCAGUGAAAGAUACGUCAUUCCCUUCUGUGUUUGGGAGAUCUUCUCCAAAGUAUUACGUGCUGAGAAUAAUACACCGCUCAGUCUCCUGAGAUUUCGUCAUGUCAUUCCUUCACCCCGGAUGUCCCUCCAAACGUAUACGACCACACUAACCUCUUCCAACUUUGACUUCCUUGCUUCCAUAAGUCUCACAACGGCGUUCUCGGUCCCCCAACUCGUGAAGCUGUCAAGUGUCAAAAAUCUAUGCAUCCUUGAAAUCGUUCAUACCUCGAGGGACGGAGCUCAGAGCGGAAUUAGCGAUCGUCUCAUCAGAGCUUGGCAUCAAGCCGCCAGAGAUGAAGGACCUUUUUCUGUACUGAGAAUCCUCAAGCUCUGGGAUCACAAGGAAGUAACAGAAACAUCUCUUACCUAUCUGAACAGCUUCCCUGUACUGGCGCUGUUCGAUGUUAGAGGUUGCACAUUCGAUGCAAGAUCGCGAGUUCUUGCUCGAACUUUUGGAUGGAGAUCGAGUUUCGAUGUUGGCAUUCUGAGCCUUUUCGAGGCAAUAUGUGUUAAACGAGCCGUCAACAAGCGAGCCGCCGGUGAAGCAGACCGCCAAUCAAUUCGUAGAGCCUCAUCUCAGCAGCUAGACGAAGACUGCUUUGUGAAUCGAAUUCCACGGGCAGAUGUGGCAACAUUCAUCACUAGCCUAGCCUUCUCAACAUCCAAGGAGAAUGCCAAUGCUGUUCAGCAAUGGGAUAGCUGGCAGAGCAUGGGCGACCUUUCAGAUAUCCGAUACUCUGAUAAGAGUUUCAAGGAAACACGAUGUGGGAUUGCCAACCAGCAUAUCUUCAAUACAUGUUACUCGCUGGAGACUUGGGACUUCGUUCCAUACACAAUUUUUUCCAAGAUUGGUGAGCUGAGAAGCGAUCGGGAUUUACACAGAGCAGGAGUCAAUAUCGGCGAGCAAGUCGUUGUUAACGACGAGCUUGUCAAUUCCGUACCUGUGGCUUCGCUUCGUCUCGGUCCGCACCUGGAAGUCCUUAAGCCACCAGUCUACAACAGUCCGAACAAACCGCUCUACGGAAGUGCGUUUACGGAACGCUCUGAUCCUCAUUUCACCAAACUCACAAGAGAUCAUCCCAAGAACCAAUACCCUGCCUUGGUAGAUAUCAAGCCCGCUGUUACCCCUGACAUUGGGAGCAUAGCUUUCUUUCGCGUUGAGGCUCCAUGUCGAAUAUCUGAUUUUUCUGCCUCCCAAGAAGUCUCUGAAGAUAAGAUGACAAAGGUAGAGAAGAAGAUACAGGGAAGUACGACAGACUCCAAGAGAGGUUUUUUUGCGGAACCCUUGAGGCGUCACUCCAAAUUAAUGCAGAACAAGAAACAGAAACUGGUUGAUGUACUGGGCACUUUUUGUUAA